CACACCACGGACAGACGAGGGCGGCUCAUCACUCGUCCCAGGGCUAGAGUGAUGAAAAUGUAUGGAUAUAAUUUCAGUUAGUGACGUGAAUAUUGCUAUUUACAAGCUUUUACAUUUCUCCUAAAGCAACUGUUAGUCAUCAUCUGGAUAGAGUAAGUUCACGUUAACCUCAACAUAAACGUUAACGUUACAACCUAUGGGCAACGUCUGUUUCAGAUAGCUACCCCCAGCUAUCAUAGACUUUCUAGUGCAGACUGCCUGCCUGGGAUGAAGUAAUCCACAACUGUAAGACUGUCUGGCUAGCACCAAGGGGUUGCAGAUCACACCUCGAUGAAAUAAGGACAUUAUUGGGAUAAGACGGUCGACCAAAACAAGGCUGGUGCUGGUGUUGCUAUCUCUGAAAAACUGCUUUUCACUGCGUGAGCCGCAUGAGUCAUGCGGGUCUCUGAGCAGCUCUGAGGGUUUUGAGGCAGAGUGGGAAAAAUGGAGUCUUCUUCUGAGUCCCAGGGGGAACCUGAGAAAGCUCUGCAUCAUGCAGAGAUCAAAGAACCCCCUGGCUGCUCAGCUGCCUUAAUGCCUGGUGAUGAUGCGGCCCUUUUGACCCCGGGGAGGAUGAGUCAGCGCCAAGGGAAGGAGGCGGGGCUUCUCACGCCCAAUCGAGACCUGCUCACAAGCCCCUCCCUCAGUCCUGGGGUCAGCUACAGCCACGGGUUCGAUCGGGGGAAGGACGACACGCCUCUGAAAGAGGACAGUCAAUCCAUAUCCAAGAGCAAGUCUGAAUCGAAGCUCUACAACGGGUCGGACAAAGAUGUCUCCGGGUCAGGGAACAAGCUCACCAAGAAGGAAUCUCUCAAGGUUCAGAAGAAGAACUACCGGGAGGAGAAGAAGCGUGCCACCAAGGAGCUCCUCAGCACCAUCACGGACCCCUCCGUCAUCGUCAUGGCCGACUGGCUCAAGAUCCGCGGCACCCUGAAGAGCUGGACCAAGCUGUGGUGCGUGCUGAAGCCCGGCGUGCUGCUCAUCUACAAGACGCACAAGAACGGCCAGUGGGUGGGCACGGUGCUGCUCAACGCCUGCGAGCUCAUCGAGCGGCCCUCCAAGAAGGACGGCUUCUGCUUCAAGCUCUUCCACCCCCUCGAGCAGUCCAUCUGGGCCGUGAAGGGACCCAAAGGGGAGGCGGUGGGCUCCAUCACACAGCCACUGCCCAGCAGUCACCUCAUAUUCCGUGCUGCCUCCGAAUCUGACGGUCGGUGUUGGAUGGAUGCUCUGGAGCUGGCUCUGAAGUGUUCGAGUCUUCUGAAGCGCACCAUGAUCCGUGAGGGCAAGGAGGAGAUGGGCCCAGCCACGGAGCACUCACACAUCAACUUCUACAGCCUGCUCCGCGCACACAACAUGCAGGGCUUCCAGUUCAACGACAGUGACCAGUUCAAGGACCCGGACCUGUACUCGGACAAGUCGGACCGGGAGAACGAGCAGGAGCACGAGGAGUCGGACAACGAGGCGCUGGAGAAGAGCGAGGAGAGCGACAGCGACACGUCGGAGCGCCAGGACGACUCGUACGUGGACACCGACCCCAACGAGGUGCUGCGCGAGACGCCCUACCUGGAGCAGAGCCACGAGGAGCUGGGCGAGGCGGGCGAGGCGUCUCAGACCGAGACCGUGUCCGAGGAGAACAAGUCCCUGAUCUGGACCCUGCUGAAGCAGGUGCGGCCGGGCAUGGACCUGUCCAAGGUGGUGCUGCCCACCUUCAUCCUGGAGCCGCGCUCCUUCCUGGACAAGCUGUCCGAUUACUACUACCACGCAGACUUCCUGUCCGAGGCGGCGGUGGAGGAGAAUGCCUUCAACAGGAUGAAGAAGGUGGUGAAGUGGUACAUCUCUGGCUUCUACAAAAAACCAAAGGGACUGAAGAAGCCGUAUAACCCCAUCAUUGGGGAGACCUACCGCUGUGUGUGGCUCCACCCCAACACCUCCAGCAAAACCUUCUAUAUCUCCGAACAGGUAUCCCAUCACCCUCCAGUGUCGGCCUUCUACGUGAGCAACAGGAAGGACGGCUUCUGCCUCAGUGGCAGCAUCCUGGCCAAGUCAAAGUUCUACGGGAACUCCCUUUCUGCAAUCCUGGAUGGAGAGGCAAGACUCACAUUCCUCAACAGAGGAGAAGACUAUGUCAUGAACAUGCCCUAUGCCCACUGUAAAGGUAUCCUGUAUGGCACGAUGACUCUAGAGUUAGGUGGACAGAUCACCAUCACCUGUGAGAAGACCGGCUACAGUGCCCAGCUGGAGUUCAAACUCAAGCCAUUCCUGGGCAGCAGUGACAGCGUCAACCAGAUCUCUGGGAAGAUCAAGCUGGGCAAGGAGGUGCUGGCUACUCUGGAGGGCCACUGGGACAGUGAGAUCUUCAUCAACGAUAAGAAGACGGGCGAGAUGGAGACCUUCUGGAACCCCACCCCGGAGCUGCGCCAGAGCCGGCUGACCCGCUGCACUGUCGCCCCCGAGGAGCAGGGCGAGUUCGAGUCCGAGAGGUUGUGGCAGCACGUGACGCGCGCCAUUAACAACAAGGACCAGACGGAGGCCACCAACGAGAAGUUCAUCCUGGAGGAGGCGCAGAGGAAGUCGGCGCGCGAGCGCAAGGCCAAGUGCGAGGAGUGGAUACCCGGCCUGUUCGAACAGGACUCCGUCACAGGAGAGUGGCACUACCGCUACGCAGAUACUCGGCCGUGGGAUCCACUGAACGAUCUGAUUCAGUUUGAGAAAGACGGCUUGAUCCAGUCUAAAGUGCGCCACCGCACCCCUAUGGUACGUUCUGGCAGUGUUAUUAGUCUCAGUAACCAGGGGUCGCGGAGGGACAAUUGCAAGUGCCAGCAGGUGACGGGACCCAAGCGGAAGCUGAAGCAGGCUGAUAAACCCAAGAGUCCAGAGAGCGGCUGCUCCUCCCCAGAGCCUGAUCGACAGGACUCCUCUGGCAGACACAAAAGCAAGCACAACAGUCGGUUAAGGAAAAAAGGAACAGACCUCAGUGAACUUCAAAGUGCCAUUGAAUCCAUAAAGCAGACGCAAGAGGAUAUCAACAGGAGUGUGAGCGCGCUCCGUAGUCGGGCGGCGGGCCAUGGUGCGUCGGAGGGGGGCUUCCUCCAGCAGCGAGACUACCUUAUCAUCUUCUUCCUCAUCCUACUCCAGGUCUUCAUCAACUUCCUUUUCAAGUAAUGGCGGCAAUGGACGCUUCCAUCUCUCCCUCUCUCACACACACACACACAGACACACACUCCUGUACAUACACACAGAGCUGUGGUCACACAAGCGUCUGUCCCAAAUCCUGCGCUCAUUCACACGUCCUCUCACUUAAGACAGACUGCUACCAGGAGCAAUGAUGGAAGGAAGCAGAGAGAGAGAGAGAGAGAGAGAGAGAGGAGAGAAGAACGAAUAGUGUCUUACCUGGAAUACUUCUUUCCCUCUCUAUCUUUUUGUUUUAUCCUCCCUCCAUCCCUCCCUCCCUUCCUCUCUGUCUCUCCCCUGGCCAUUGUGGAGUGCAAUCCUUAUAGUCCUCAUGCUUCUCUCUCUCUCUCUAGUUGUUAUGAGGUCAGAGAAGGAAACCAACUUAAUUUAUUGUUGUUUUUUUUGUUUGUUUUUAAUAAAUAAAUGAAUAAACAAAUCGUCACCAACACGGGAACACUCCACGCCUUUUCCAAAAGUUACACCCAGUGGAAUGACCCCCUUAGCAUCUGGAGUACAUCUGACCAAUCAGAUCCCACUAGGAAAUGAACUGAACUGAGCUGGACUACACUGUGGGUGGUUGGAUGUCUCUUUUUUUAUUAUUAUUAUUACUUCUCUAGUCUUGGACAUCACUCCAGUCUUUAUUACGGUUUCUAGGAUCCACAAGGUCCACCACAACAUCUGUUGAACACCUGGAUGCUUUUAUCUUUUGCUUCUUCCUUGGUUCUUUUUUGUUUUUAACGCAUUGCUGAUUUUAAAAAAAAGAAACAGUUUUUUAUUAUUAUUAUUAUUAUUAUUAUUAUUAUUACAAUUACAUUUGAUUUGUUGUCAUGUAUAGUCUAGAGAUGUGGAUAAAUAGGGGAGUUGAAUUGCAGUGGUCCAACCUAUUUGAUGUCUAAACUGCUUUAAAGGAAGAAGACCUUUAUAACGGAAAGUGACAUUUUAAAAAAAAGAUUUUGUAUAACAGGAAUUAAACAGCAAAAAAACAAACAAACAAAAGAGAAUUUCUUUUGGGAAGAGUUUCAUUGUGAAUUCUGUUAUCUUUUUGAGUAUCAUUUUGCUUUUUUUUUUUUUCUCUCACUCUGAAUGGGGAGGGAAAUGCUCAUUAUAUCUCUGCUGUAUGAAGACGCAUGUACAGAAUGGAAACCUUUGCAUUACACACUUGCCCGUGCCGUUUUAAACCUUUAGUCCUCCUAGAUAGUAGACACCUAGGGGAAAGAAAAAGAAAAGAAGUGACUUUAAUUUUGUAGUAGAUGUUAUUCUCUUCCUGAGAAGAUGAUUUAGAUGUAAAGUGGAGAGCCAAAUACCGUAUAUAGACAAUAGAGAAAUAAGUCCUGAUGACUUCCUGUAAAUAGUUUACUUGAUUCGUUUGUUUUUUUUUUUCUUUUGUUUUUCGUAGCAGGUGUGUCUUGUUUUUAAUGUUUUUUUGUUUUGUUUCGUUUUAGAUUCAGAGCUCUGUCAGUCUCUGUCCUUCAUUAUCCAUGUGUCUUUGCUCAGUGGGCCUCUGUGUGUGUGUGUGUUUGUGUGUAUGCGCACGCGUGUGUGUUUGUGUGUGUGUGAGUGAGUCUGCGUGGGUUUGUGUACAUACUGUAUGUGAGUGUGUGCACGUAGUCGCCUGUUUGUCUGCUUACUGCUUACUCUAUGUCAAAAUGAAGCCAGACGAUUUGAAUGUGGUCAUAAUCACUUUAACGACAAAUAACAGACAACAGUAAACAACUGUGCCUUUUAGCUGAGGUCCAAGAGCUUUCGGGGGGGCGGGGUUAGAGAUAUGACUUGGGGGAGUGGCUUAAGAAUGAAGGAGCUUUUCUUUUCUUCCAUAAAAUGACUGGACGUGCCAUAACAAGCCUUAGAUGAGUGGCCCACUUGGCGACAGUGGCUCUCUGUCUGUGACUGACAAGUCUGUAGUGCUGCCCUGUGUGUGUGAGUCUGUAUAUGUGUGUGUGUGUGUGUGUGUGUGUGUGUGAGUGAGUGUGUGUGUGUGUUUCUGGAGCUGACUCCUGCCACUGAUGCCCUGGAGUUCUCUUUCUUUCUUUCUCUCUCUCUCUCUCUCUCUUUCUCUCUCCCUCUCACGCUUUCUUUCUCUCUCCGUCUAUCUCUCUCAAUCUAGCCCUCUAAAUCUAUAUCUUUCUUCUUCUCUUCUCCACUGUGGCACCAAACUAAGGGAACAAGUAAUGUGUCGGCUUUGUCUUUCUCAUUUGAUGUAAAAGAGCAUUUUAUUUUUACUUUCUUUUUCUAUGUCACAUUUUUGCUUCUAGGGGUUAGUGCAACGCCUAUUUUUCCAGCACCAAUUUAUACACACAAAGUAAUUAUCUUAUUGUUAUGUGUCGUUCAUUGUCACAAAGGAGACUAUGAGAAUACGGAGAGUCGCCUCUCCCCCCCACACAUCCGUAUUUAUUUGUAAUAAUAACCUGGGGAUGUGUUGUUGUCAUAUGUAACAUAUCACCAAAUUAAACAGUGACAUCCUUUA